AUGGACGACGAUGUCGGCAACCAACUUGUAGACAGCAGCAAGCAGCAAGCCUCAUCCGUUGUCUCUCCAGAUUCAAACGCUGCCCAGCCGGUGCCGUUCUGGGAUUCGUCCACACCUGGGUCCAGCUCGAGGAUGAGCAACACCUUCGAAUUCACCUCGGCCCCUUCGGAGGCUUCGAUCCCCUCCUUCGAUCCCGCCAUUGCCGCAUUCGCCGACAUGUCCUUUAUCCGCCCGUCGGGCCCUUCACCGCAAUAUGCCGCCCAGCAGCAGAAGGGCCUACCGGCAGGCUCCUCGCAACCGGAAUGCUUCCACCGACGAGACCAACACGAUAAGAAGCGGUUAAAACCAGAUCCCGACACGCCGGCGUUGGACUCGAUGGAUUACUGGAUCAAUUUCGAUGGCGAUCUGGACGAGAUGGGCAGCUUCGAGAUUGACUAUUCCAACCGCAACGAUCCCACGGGCCAAAAUCGAGCGGGCACGGCCGGGAGCACGAUGCCGGGUUUGGGAAGCGGUCAGUAUUCCGCGGCCAUGGCACCGUUUAGGGAAGAGGACUUCAUCGACGACACCGCCUUCGACCAAGCCCUCUCCGACGACGAGGACCUGUUCGAUUCAGCCCACCUCGGCGAGCAGAUGUCCGAGAUGGAAAAGUUGGCCCCUCCGCAGCCACCGCAGCCUCCGCCUCCGCUGCCGAUGCUAUCCGUCCCUGCGGUUGGGAAGCACCAAGCUCUUUACGCAUCACCGCAGGCUUGGGAUCGAGUCCAGCUUGGCAUGCGACCGCCCAUGGCGCCGAACGACAUGCCGCGCCAGUUUCGACGAGACAUUUGGGACGCACUUCCCCACGGCGCGAACCAGGUUCUCAGCCCCGAAGAGCAGCGGCGCCUGCUCGAAAUCGCUCUCAAUACCGGCAGGAUGCCGGGCAGCUUCAUCCCCCCCAACGGAUUUGGCAUCGGGUUCGGUGCCGGGCUCGGCGCCCGCCCGCCCGCCGAGUUUGAAAAGCGUGCAGCCCUUACGGCGAAGCGACGGAGCAGUUCUGCGAGCGCGCCCAAAGCGGAAGAGUCGUCGGCGGAUGGGAAGCGGAAACAACAGGACAAGAAGCCUGCCGCGACAAAGGCAGGGCCGUCCAAGAAACCGGGAGAUCAUGCAAAGCCUAAAUCGGCCGACAGAAUUGCCCAUAAUGACGUCGAGCGCAAGUAUCGGACCAACCUCAAGGACAGGAUCGCAGAGCUGCGCGAUGCUGUGCCGGCGCUACAUUCGCCGGCGCACGAGGCCGAGUCGGAUGGCGGAUCUGGUCAGCAAGGUGCGGCCAAAGUGAGCAAGGGCACCGUACUGACCAAGGCCACCGAGUAUAUCCAGCUGCUGGAGCAACGAAACAAGGACAUCAUGACGGAACACCAGCAAUUGGCCCGUCGUCUGCAGGCCUUUGAGACGCUAUUCAACAGCGUCACUCGACCAGAUCUCAUGAUGCCGAAUCACAGCAUGGCUCUUUUUGACCCUAGAGGCUUCUGCUGA